UUUUAUUCUUUUGAUCGCAAGUGUGAUUCGUAAGACUCCGAGAAAAACAUGAUCAAGGUUGUCAUUCUCAUUGGAGGUCCAAUGAAAGGAACAAGGUUCCGUCCACUUUCCUUGGAGUUACCUAAACCUUUAUUUCCCAUCGGAGGAUUCCCAGUUGUGUAUCACCAUAUAGAAGCUUGCAAAAAGAUUCCAGAUCUCAAGGAAAUUAUCUUAAUAGGAUUUUAUCAGUCAAGUGAAAGUUUGUCAAGAUUUAUUCAGAAUGCUCAACAAGAAUUUAAUAUUCCCAUCAGGUACCUUCAAGAAUUUCAGCCACUUGGCACAGCAGGAGGAAUCUAUCAUUUUAGAGAUCAGAUUGCUAUGGGUGAUCCUGAGGCCUUCCUUGUCCUGAAUGCAGACAUCAUUGGAGAUUACCCUCUCAUUGACUUUGUGGAAUUUCACAGGAAACAUUCAGGAGAACAUUCCAUUCUGGCAACAGAGGCUAACAAAAAGCAAGCCCACAACUUUGGCUGUUUGGUUCAAGACCCUGAGACACACAAGGUUUUGCAUUAUGUGGAAAAGCCAGAGACCUUUGUGAGUGAAAUAAUCAACUGUGGCAUUUACAUCUUCUCGCCAGCUGCUUUGUUUAAACUGAUGGGGGAAAUCAUUCAAAAAAAUUAUCAAAAGAUGAGUGAAGAACCAUUUCCUGGUAAUGUGGAGUCUGUCAGAAUGGGUGAGGAUGUUCUUGCUACAUUGGCCAGUGCAGGAUCACUGUACGCAUUCAAGUCAACUUCGUUCUGGUCAUCUAUCAAGAAUGCUGGGUCUGCAAUUUAUGCAAAUAGAAAUGUACUUGCUAUGUAUCACAAAACUCACCCAGAUCUUUUAGCUCAGAGUGGAAAAGGCCAACCACACAUUAGAGGUGAUGUAUACAUUCAUCCAAGUGCAGUUGUUCACCCAUCAGCUGUGCUUGGUCCUAAUGUGUCAGUAGGAAGCAAUGUUGUAAUAGGUGCUGGAGCACGAGUGAGAGAAACAAUUUUACUGGAUGGAGCUGAACUGAAGGAUCACUGCUGUAUUCUGUACAGUAUCAUUGGCUGGAAUUGUUCGAUAGGAAUGUGGUCACGUGUCGAGGGCAGUCGCUGCGAUCCAAACCCAAAUGAGGAAUUUUCAAGGCCUGAUGGGGAAUCCUUAUUCGGAGAGGAUGGCAAAUUGACUCCAUCAAUUACAAUUCUAGGUCGAAAUGUAACAAUACCAGGAGAAGUAAUAGUUCUUAACUCGAUUGUUUUGCCGCACAAAGAUCUUGGCCAAAGUUAUAAAAAUGAAAUAAUUUUGUAGUGACUGAGUUAAUGAGCAAACUCCUAUAUAAUUUUUAACAGUGAAGUAAAGUUAACUAAAGGAUAUGGUGUUGUCCGUACAAGUUUUUCAAUCGUAUAUUGACAGCAAGAUUAUCGUUUACACCAACCUUCGUGCAGGUGAAGUUUAUCCGCAAUAUAGCAUUGCUUUGUGAUGAAAACCCGAAAUUCGUUUCAUCAGUAGAUUCCCAGUGAGGAAAAGACGAGAAACGAACACCAAAGUAACUUAAAUAAAUACCUCCUACUUAAAAUUCUGAGCGUUUCAUACAUUUUAGCUGCGCGAGAUUUGUGCAAUUUAGUAUUAGUAACCUUGCGAGAGGGGAGUUGUUCUCACAGUAUUCGCAUGAUAAGACUUGUUAAACAAAUAAAUGUAUUUGUUGUGAUAAGUUGAUACUAUUUUAUUGAUUGAAAUUGUUAGUAUUUUUAAAUAAAAUUG